AUGUCUGCCAAAGCCGUGCUCUUCGACGGCGACCGAGAUGAGCUCGGCGAGGCAGACGAGCUGCCCACACCUCCAAGCGCGAUCCUACACAUAGCGCCGGCAAGACUUGUGGACGAUGUAGACGAAGAGAUCUUCCUCCUGUACACUCUCAAUGCCAAAUCCCAGCACGACGGUGGGCUAGGUUAUGUCAAUCACAGCUCCGACAAGAUCUUCGUCGCGAUCAAGGGCGACAAAUGGACCUCGGCGUUGUCGGAGCGCAACUUGACUGGCAAGUACAUCGUACCUAUCUAUCAGCAUGUCACCAGUCUGCGCUCCUCGAAAGGCGAUACAGGCAGCGUCCUGUGGCGGUCCACGGUUGAGCUCGCGAUUCGAUUCCACCAAGGAAGUCUGUUCGAGUUGUCGCUCUUGAAGGAUGCGACUGUCCUCGAAUUAGGAGCCGGAACAGGGGCGUUGCCAGCCAUGGUGGGUCAGUUGGCCAGAACAUGGCUCGCGACCGAUCAGGAACAGCUGCUACCCCUCAUGCGGAAGAACGCGGACAGCUUCGCCAAUGUCAAGGUCGCCCCGCUCGACUGGUUCGACUUUCUCAACCCGCCAUCGUCACACUCUGCGCAGCUGCGCAAAAAGCAGGUCCUUGAGCAGCUGAGCUCCAACGCGGAAGCUGUUCAGGAACAAGCACCAGACGUCAUCAUCUGCUGCGACUGCAUCUACAAUCCGGGCCUCUUCGACGCUCUCAUCGCCGCUCUCAACGUCUUCACUGAGCAGCAAAAGACCGUCGUGCUGGUCUCGUGCGAAAUGAGAAGCGACGAAAGUCUAGCAGAGUUCCUCACCAAAUGGAAGGCUUCCGACGCCGCUUGGCGCAUCGUCAGCCUCGAAGAGAGAUUCGACAAAGGUUUCGUCGCUCUCGCCGCUUGGAAAGCGUAG